AAACUCCUCAUUUCUUCCCCCAUUGUCCUCUUCUUCUUCCACUGAAGAGCAAUUUUAGGCAGCAUAGCAAGAUGAUUCAGCUACUCUACACUGUGAUUUUUGGUCAAAUGAUUCUAAUUCUUACACUUCUUUUCAAGACCCCGCUCAGGAAGCUUAUGAUUAUUACCUUGGAUCGGGUCAAGCGAGGUCGGGGCCCCGUCGUCGUCUCCACUGUCGGUGCUACAUUGCUCAUCGUCCUUGCUUCCAGCCUUUAUAGUAUGGUCACGAUCCAGCGACGAGUCCUUGAGGCUGGACUUGUCAAUCCCACUGAUGAGGUUCUGAUGUCCCAGCACAUGCUUGAAGCAUCUCUAAUGGGAUUUGUGCUUUUCCUUUCUUUGAUGAUAGAUAGGUUGCAUCAUUACAUAAGAGAGCUUCGAUUACUCAGGAAGACCAUGGAGGCUGUUAAGAAACAGAAUCGAAGUUUUGAGGAUGGUAAAAACAGCAGUUCUGAAGAGCAUAAAGCAUUGACGGCGGAAAUUGCAACACUGAAGAACAAAAUAAAGAAUCUGGAAUCUGAAUGUGAGGUUGAAGGAAGCAAGGCUAAGACUUUGGAAGCUGAAGUGGAGGCUCUGAAAAAGCAAUCUGAAGGGUUCCUCAUGGAAUAUGAUCGGCUCUUGGCAGACAAUCAGAGUCUUAGGAGUCAGUUGGAGGCGAUUGACCAGAGUUCUACUCAUCUGGAGAACAAAAAGAGCAUGUGAGGGUUCAAACUCCUAAGAAUGCAGUUUCAGUUUUGCUGCUUCUGUUAUGUUGCCAAACGUCAUGGGUUUGAAACAUAGAGCAUGAGGUCGUAGAGAGAUAUAAAUGAUAAAUGAAGAACGGAGGGAUGCUUUUGUAUCUUUAUUAAACUGGCUGUAGUUAAAAGCAGUUGAUAUACUUAUUAAUGUACAUUUAUUAAUGUACAUGUAAUAUGGCCAACUCUUAAUCCAUUUCUUGUGAUGUUUAGAUGUUUGCUAAAUGAAUGCGCGCCCUUUUGUAACUU